UUACUUAAGCAUGGACUGGCCACACUGACUGCUAAGUGAAAGGAAACGUGCUGCUUUUUUAAAGUGUUUGAGAUAAAUAUUUGUUUUAUUCAGAAUGGAGAUGAUGCACGGAGCUUCAAUGCUGUCCAGGCCAGCGGAUGAGUUCGGCAACGACUCAAUGGUGGAGGAAAUGUGGGCCGCUAAAGCUCUGGAACAUGCCGAGGUUCACUUCAAUCUUCUUACCAGCGUUAAUCCCUCUCAGCUGCGCCUCACGCCCUAUGACGAUCAGAUCUAUGAAACCUUUCGCCAGGACUUUCCCGAUCUCAAAGUAGGCCUGCUCACGGAUGAUGUACUAAAGUCCGCUGGGGAGAAGCUGAAGUGGCGCGAAUUCGCCGAGAAAUUCAACAAAAUGGAUGACUAUUCCUAUGGAACGCUAAUGAGAGCCGAUGCCAGUAAAGAGUUCAGCCCGGACAACUCAAUUUUCGUGUUUCGCGUACAGUUCCUAGCCAUAGAGAUAGCCCGAAACCGGGAGGGACUCAACGACGAGGUCCAUGCGAAACAUAGGCCUGCCAAGAAGAACCCACAAGAGGACAACAAGUGAACCUCCGCCUGCCCUCGUUUGGUCUCUAGGUUAUUGGCAUUUGGAUAUUUUCCCAAUUUCGAAGCAAUUAAUGCAUUUUUAGACGUUGUUGGGAUUUGGAUUGAUUUUAAUUCCAAAAACAACAAUAAACCCACAAAUUUCUCAAAUUA